UGUCUGAGGUGACAAAGAUGGCGGCUGCACAGGGUCGGCGGAGCGGGCAGAGUCGGCGGCUCUGAGUGACACGGAAGCCAGGCGAUCGUUACACAGGUACCGAGAGAGCCCGAUAGCGGAGUGUGUGAGGAGCUCGGUGUCGGCCGGAGAGGGGCGAGGCGGCACCCGGGGCGGAGGGCACGGUGAGAGCCCGCAGUGUGUCCUUGAAGAAGGCGGCGAGAGGAGGAAGCGGAGACACGGAGGACGAGCCGGAGGGGAAGCGGCGGCCUCGCGGCGGACGGUCCGGGGCCAUGUUCUCGGUGCUGUCCUACGGCAGGAUAGUGGCCCGCGCGGUGCUGGGGGGGCUCUCACAGACCGACUCCCGGGACUACAGCCUGGUCACCGCCAGCUGCGGCUUCGGCAAGGAUGCGAGGAAGGGCAUCCUCAAGAAAGGCAUGUGCUACGGGGACGACGCCUGCUUCAUCGCCCGGCACCGCACGGCGGACGUACUCGGUGUGGCUGAUGGUGUCGGAGGAUGGAGAGAUUAUGGCGUUGACCCUUCUCAGUUCUCAGAGACCCUUAUGCGGACUUGUGAGCGUUUGGUCAAAGAAGGAAGGUUUGUGCCAACCAACCCAGUGGGAAUACUCACCUCAAGUUACUGUGAACUGCUUCAGAACAAAGUACCUUUAUUAGGAAGCAGCACUGCUUGUCUAGUGGUUUUGGACAGAACAAGUCAUCGUUUACACACAGCAAAUUUAGGUGAUUCUGGUUUUCUUGUGGUUCGAGCAGGUGAAGUUGUUCACCGAUCAGACGAACAGCAGCAUUAUUUCAACACUCCGUUCCAACUGUCUAUAGCACCUCCAGAAGCAGAGGGUGUUGUUCUCAGUGACAGUCCCGAUGCUGCUGACAGUAGUACAUUUGAUGUGCAACUGGGCGAUAUUAUUUUGACUGCUACUGAUGGACUUUUUGACAAUAUGCCAGAUUACAUGAUUCUUCAGGAGUUAAAGAAGUUAAAGAAUGCAAAUUAUGAGAGUAUACAGCAGGCGGCACGAAGCAUUGCAGAGCAAGCACACGACCUGGCAUAUGAUCCAAAUUACAUGUCACCUUUUGCACAAUUUGCAUGUGACUAUGGAUUGAAUGUUAGAGGUGGUAAACCAGAUGAUAUCACUGUUCUCCUUUCAAUUGUGGCUGAAUAUACAGACUGAUAAACCUGGAACAUCUGCUACAUGUUUUUUUUUUGUUUUUUUUACUACAAGUAGAACUUAAUAUAUGUUGCACUGUUAUCCUGCUGGCAGGAUCACAAUUUCAUUGGCCAGUUUUGAAAGAAAGCUAAAUGGUGUGGGUGUUUUUAAUACAACUGAGGUCAAUGUGGAAACCACUGCUGUCUAAUCAAAGUGUUGUUCUAUAGCGAAAAUUAUUUCUAAAGAUGGAACUAGGCUCAAUUAGUGUAUUGACAAAAGUUUAAAUAGAGGGAGGAAAUGUAAUAGGUUUUUUUUUUUUUUCUUAAAUUGUUACAUUAAUACUGGGUAUAGCAUUGUUGGUAUAGCAUUGUUUUGUGUUUUGUUUUGUUUUUUAGUUUAACACACAAUGCUUCCUACAGAUUGAUGUACAUAGCGUUUUCUAGGGCUGCAAGUUUAGAUAAUCAAGUAGCUUGUAGCUCUGUGAUAAUUAGCUGAGCAUCACAGGGCUUGGUAAACAAGAAUGCUACCUGCCACCAGUGUGUGAUUUGCUAGUUCCACAACAAAUCGAGCGUGUAGUUGAAUGCCAUGUUUCUUUUCUCUUACUUUGUUUACUCUAAACUUGUAGCCCUUGUGAUAUUCCCCUUGUUUGUUACCAAAAAGCACACUUGGAGACCUCAACUAUGCUUAGAAUUCUUUAUUAUUAUUUUUUACUUUAAUAUUACCUGGCACAGUAAUGGUUAAUUGUGGUUUAUUCUUUAUUUUUUUGUUUUGUUUUUUUGUGUAUCUGUUUUUGUUCAAUGCUAUAAGCCUAGUGUGAUACUCAGCUGCUGUAAGACUACACAAUUGGGGUCAUAAAUUCCUUCCAUUAUUAAUUGUAUGCUAUUUCUAAGGAUACUUAAAGCCAUGUUAUAUAUACAUAUGCACAUAUAUGUAUAUGAGUAUAUUAUGUAUGUAUAUGUGUGUGUAUAUAUGUGGACAGAGAAAAAUGUGUGUGUAUAUAAAAUAUAAUAUUUUUUUAAAUAUUUCAGGUAACAGUGAUUAAACAGAGAAAUAAUGUCGGUCAAUAAUAUUUUGGGGUUACAUUUUAGUGGAAAUCUGUCAUUUGAGUUAAAUCUAAAAUAUUGUUUCUUGAAAGAAAUAUGACUGAUUUCUAUGUAUUUUAACUAUGUGGUGUGUAAUGUUACCUCAGAUUGUACAUGGUUUUCUUUUUGUGAAUUUGUACUGUAUAUUUGCAUAACUAUAUGGUUAGCUUUUAUUUAAAUACUUAACAUGUACUAUGUACAUGAUGUAACAUUAGUGCAUCAUGCUUGUAACAGGCAUUUCAUUCUAAAUGGUAAUGAGUUAUUCAUUUGUAAGCAGUUAAAGUGUGUUUUCCUCCUAAAUUGGUAUCUUGUACACUUAGACCUCAAGAAGGACUUCUUAAAUUGCCUUAACUGCCUGAAACUUGACAAUGUCGCUAAUCUAGCUUGUGAUUUCAUAAAGAGUGCUGUGCAUUAAAACAAGUAAUACAGCAAGUGA